AUGUGCAGGAAGUGCGCGGACCCCCAGCUCUUCUUCGUAGUGGUGGCCGACUCCAAGGUGCUCUUCACCCACGUCUGCUGCCUGCUGCGGGACUUCUGGGGCCUGGCUGAUAAGGCCAACAGGUCCGCGGUCUAUCGCGACACGAAGAGCGCCGUGGAUCUCCAGAAUGACAUCCUCAUGUAUCUCAACGACGUCUUCCUAUGCGAAGUGAUGCAAGUGAGUGCUGUGCUUCAGGAGCGGCUGCUGCGCUUCGCGGUGCUGCCGGUGCUGCUGGGCUCUGCGCUGCAGGUGCAGCCCAAGCCCCUGCUGACCCAGGAGACUGCCUGGUAUCUCCUCAACGACCUCAUGGCUACGCUGAGGAGUCACCAUGUGCUGACGGUGCUGGCGACGUCGCUGCUGAGGCCUUUCCUUCCAGAGGAAGUGUUCCAGCUGGUGACGAUGUCGCCGCCGCGCACGCCCAUGGGGUACUAUGUGAUGCAGAAGUCCUGGGGUGGCACGGGGCAGUCGAGCCUAUUUGAAGUGGACACCUCAGAGGCCUUGUACGAGUCGGUGCCCAUCCCCUUUAUCACCAACCUGGACGCGCGGGUGAAGCCCCUGCUGCGGAACCAGCUGCUGGAGGCCCUGGAGGAGCGGCUCCGCGAGCUGUGCCUCUCCGGGCACGUGCAGGUGGCGAUUUACGCGCUGAAGGCGGUGGAGAGACUCAUGCAGGCGCUGCGCUCGGCGGGGGAGUCUCUGGACGGCAGUGUGGCGGAGCGCUUGGGCAGUUGCCUCUGCAGCUGUCUGGCCAGGCAUGGUUCCCUGAGCUGGUCGCUGUGCCUGGCCGUCCUGCACACGCUGAAGGAGCUGCUGGAUACUGCGGGCAGCAAGGCCAAGGCGAUGCCCGCAGUGAGGGAGCGGCUGCUGGCGCCGCUGGCGGAGGAGCUGCUGCACGAGGCGGCGCUGCAGAGUCAGCAGGGCCUGGCGGCGCAGGAGGCCUGGCUCCAGGCCGGGUCUGGGAAGGAGGGGCUGGCGGGGCUCGAGGAAACCAACCUGGUGAUAUCCAGUCCUGCGAAGCUUGCAAGAGCAGGUGGUCUGCUCUAG